AUGAAGUCUUGGAAAGCGAUUGUGUUCCUGUUAGUUGCUACAGGACAGGUAUUCGCUGACCUGCCUGCGUUCCCUGAAAAUGUUCGUCAAGCCGGUGCCCGUAUCGUGUCCGGCUGGGAGGCACGGGAAGGCCAGAUCCCGUGGCAGCUGUCCCUGCGGAUGGUGAACCCCACCGGCACCGUGAGCGCCUGCGGGGGCUCCAUCAUACACCCCGAGUGGGGCCUCACCGCUGCGCAUUGCACCGCUAACCGCGUAACCAUGGUGAUAAGAGCUGGAGCAGUCAGUCUCUGGCGUCCUGAACUCAUCUUCGAGACCUACGAGUACUACAACCACCCCCUAUACAUUGAGGCCCUGCAAGGCACCGUGCAACCACAUGACAUAGCCAUAUUGAAGUUCCAACGUAGUAUCCCCUUCUCUGAUCGUGUACAACCCAUCCGAGUGCAGCGCUCAGCGGAGAAAGACCGGAACUAUGACGGAGUCAGACUUGCAGCAUCCGGCUGGGGCCGCACGUGGACUGACGGAGCUUCUCCAGAGAACCUGCAGUGGGUCUACCUGCGAGGAGACACAAACGAGCGUUGUCGGGACGCCUAUGUCGGCUUCGACAUAGUAGUGGAUUCCACGAUCUGCGCCAGUGGUUACAACCUCACCAGCCAAUCUACUUGCUCGGGUGAUAGCGGAGGUCCUCUCGUGGAGUUGGAAGAAGACGGCAAAUACACGCUGGUCGGAGUCACCUCCUUCGUGUCCAUUGAAGGUUGCCAUGUCGACGCUCCUGCUGGAUUCAUCCGUCCCGGCCAUUACCACGAUUGGGUCACUCAGGUAACCGGUAUCAACUUCGACAACUGGGAGCUGGAACCACCAAAAAGCUCCAGCGAGUCCGAAUCCAGCGAGUCAAGCUCCAGCGAGUCAAAAUCCAGCGAAUCCAAAUCUAGCGAGUCGAAAUCCAGUGAGUCAAAAUCCAAUGAAUCUAGCGAGUCUAGUCAAGAAAAAUCAGAAUCGAAGGACUCUUCUGAAUCUAAGGAAAGUAAGGAAACCUCUGAGAGCGAGUCUAAGGCGGCGUCCGAGUCAGAAUCUAAUUCUAAGGAAUCAUCCGAGAGCAAAUCUAAGGAAACCUCCGAGUCUGACUCCAAGGAAACAGCUGAAGCUGAAUCCCAGGAGACCACAGAAACCGAAUCAAAAGAGACCACUGAAGCUGAAUCUAAUGAAACCCCUGAGGUCGAAUCAAUUGAAACUCCUGAGGCCGAAUCGAAUGAAACCUCUGAGGCCGAAUCUAACGAAACUCCUGAAGUUGAAUCUAAUGAAAGCCCUGAGGCCGUAUCCCAAGAAACCAAUGAGACCGAAUCAAAUGAAACGCCUGAAGCCGAGUCCAAGGAGACCGCUGAGGCUGAAUCGAAUGAAACCCCUGAGGCCGAAUCUAAUGAAACCCCUGAGGCCGAAUCUAAUGAACGGCCUGAGGCUGAAUCUAAUGAAACCCCUGAGGCCGAAUCUAAUGAACGGCCUGAGGCUGAAUCUAAUGAAACCCCUGAGGCCGAAUCUAAUGAACGGCCUGAGGCUGAAUCUAAUGAAAGCCCUGAGGCUGAAUCGAAUGAAACUCCUGAGGCCGAAUCUAAUGAAACAUCUGAGGCCGAAUCGAAUGAAACUCCUGAGGCCGAAUCUAAUGAAACCCCUGAGGCUGAAUCGAAUGAAACUCCUGAGGCCGCAUCUAAUGAAACCACUGAGGCCGAAUCGAAUGAAACUCCUGACGCCGAAUCUAAUGAAAUCCCUGAAGCCGAAUCUAAUGAAAACCCUGAGGUCGAAUCGAAUGAAACUCCUGAGGCCGAAUCAAAUGAAAGCCCUGAGGUCGAAUCGAAUGAAAGUCCUGAGGCUGAAUCUAACGAAACCCCUGAGGCCGUAUCCCAAGAAACCACUGAGGCCGAAUCUAAGGAGUCCACUGAGGCUGAAUCUAUUGAAACCCCUGAGGCCGAAUCAGAGGAAACAACCGAAGAGACUAGCGAGGAAGUCCAGUCUCGUCUUUUCUGGUCGGUCUUCCGCGGUGCUUUCGCAGGAUUUUAA